CCCGUGGCGCGUUGUUAUGAUCUAUCAUGGCGGAAUGUAGUGUUGUGGCUGCUUGUGGUUGCCUAUGUCAAUUUUGGAGUGAUAUAGCUUAGGGGAAACGCGGGAAAAGUUUGGGCGAACGGCGAUGCGAGCCGACGACGACUGUCACGGGUAUUCGCGCGAGAUAAUCGUGUUCCUAUGAGCAGCCGCAUCGCGGAAGUAGCCUCUAUCGUUCGGGCUCUCUACGUUCGCCGCCGCCGCCGCCGCGGGAAGAAUCGUGCACAGCAGCGAGAAUCGUGCACGCAGCGUUCGCCGUCGACUCGGGGACCAUCGUCCGCCCAAGUGGAACCGCGACAACGUUCGCAGGCCGAUCGAGUGUCUCGUAUCCGACGCCGGCGCGUCCCGAGCACGUCGCGAUCGCGACACGUGAGAGUGCGAGGACGUACGUCGCGCGGACGUUUCCCGCGCGCGCUCGUCCCUUUCGGGGAGAGUUUCUCGUCCGGAGACGCACCAGGAGCAUCGCCGGGGAGCGAUUCGCGCGAGGAGACUCGCGGUGCGUCGUGCACGUUCGGCGUAGUCGUAGAUAGCUCGGCGAGGCCGCGUGGAAGGCUGGGGAAGUGCGGAAGACUAUUGCUCUUGCUAUGCUCCGAGUCUGGCGGCACGCGCGUUUCCUCCAACGAUUGACGCCAGAAUCGACUGGCGUGUAAGACUUGGUGACUUUGGUUAUCCAUCACACGAGGUCCCGACUGUAACGCUAGUCUCGCGCAGCACGCGCGUGUCUUUCGAUAAAGACGUUGAUGUCCCGAGCACAUUUUGUUUAUACUAUACAUAAGAUGCAAUAACGAGAAACCUUAAUGAGUUGUACAAGGGCAUGUGGAAAUUCAACAUAUCUCAGUUUUUGUCCACUCAUUGAUUUGUCGAGUACUUGAAGAUUUCCUAUAAAGAGAUCAUCGCUGAGAGAGCCAAAGAUUGAGUUAAUUUGGAAAGGCAUGCGGAAUAGUUGGUGAUAUUAGGGAGAGAGUGCACUAAUUAGUUUUACAAUAUGACGGAUACACGUAGGAGAGUAAAAUUGUAUGCUCUUAAUGCAGAUAGACAAUGGGAUGAUCGUGGUACGGGUCAUGUUUCCUCCUCCUAUGUAGAUAGAUUAAAAGGGAUUUCUCUUUUAGUAAGAGCAGAAAGCGAUGGCUCUGUUUUACUGGAGAGUAGAAUACAACCUGAUACAGCAUAUCAGAAACAACAGGACACUUUAAUAGUAUGGUCCGAAGGAGAUAAUUUCGACUUAGCUCUAAGUUUUCAAGAAAAGGCUGGCUGUGACGAGAUAUGGGAAAAGAUUUGUCAAGUUCAAGGCAAGGAUCCAUCUGUAGAAAUUACACAAGACAUUGUGGAAGAAUCCGAAGAUGAGCGGUUUGAUGAUAUGUCAGAUGCAGCACCACCCAUUGAAUUACCUCCUUGCGAACUUAGUCGAUUGGAAGAUAUUAACGAGCUCAUAGAAAAUUGUUUAACAUCCCCAAUGAGAAAAGAAAAAUUAGCAGUGGCGCUAGAAUCCGAGGGUUAUAUUAAAAAAUUGCUAAACCUUUUUCGUACGUGUGAAGAUUUGGAGAACAUUGAGGGAUUGCAUCAUCUCUAUGAUAUAUUUAAAAAUAUUUUCUUACUCAAUAAAAAUGCAUUAUUUGAAGUUAUGUUCAGCGAUGAUACAAUUUUUGAUGUUGUUGGAUGUUUGGAAUAUGAGCCAACGUUAUCUCAGCCAAAGAGGCAUAGAGAAUACCUGCGACAGUUAGCCAGAUUUAAACAAGCAAUUCCUAUUACAAAUACCGAACUGUUAGCUAAGAUCCAUCAAACGUACAGAGUUCAAUACAUUCAAGAUGUAGUGCUGCCAACCCCGAGUGUAUUCGAGGAUAACAUGUUGAGUACAUUGAGUAGUUUUAUAUUCUUCAAUAAAGUUGAAAUAGUGACUUUGAUACAGGAUGAUGAGAAAUUUCUUACUGAACUUUUUCGUCAGUUAACAGACGAAGCGACCUUAGAUAGCAAGAGACGCGACUUGGUUCUUUUUUUGAAAGAAUUUUGCAAUUUUUCGCAAAAUCUUCAGCCACAAGGAAAAGAGGCGUUUUAUAAAACAUUAACAGCACUUGGUAUACUUCCUGCUUUAGAAAUCACUUUGGCGAUGAAUGAUGCACAGACAAAAACGGCUAGUAUAGAUAUAUUGACUUAUAUCGUGGAAUAUUCUCCAAGUGUUGUACGAGAUUAUACAUUACAACAGAUAAAUAAUACAGAACAGGACCAAAUGUUAGUGAAUGUAAUAGUUGCUCAACUUGUCGGAGAUAGCGAUCCUGAGUUGGGCGGUGCAGUCCAGUUGGCUGGUGUGCUACGUUUACUUCUGGAUCCAGAGAACAUGUUGGCUUCUGUUAACAAAUCAGAAAAGACUGAUUUCUUAAAUUACUUUUACAAGAAUAGUAUUGGUACUUUAAUAGCACCUCUCCUAGCAAACACAAUCGGGGAACGACCUGCGAGAGAGGAUUAUAGAACAGUACAACUUUUGGGAUUGAUAUUAGAGCUGUUAUCAUUCUGUGUGGAACAUCACACAUACCAUAUUAAGAACUGCAUAUUGAACAAAGAUUUACUUAGAAGAAUAUUGGUUUUAAUGAAAUCAACACAUACAUUUUUAGUACUAUGUGCACUAAGGUUUAUGAGGAAAAUUAUAGCUCUAAAGGACGAGUUUUAUAAUAGAUAUAUAAUUAAGGGUAAUUUAUUUGCCCCUGUAUUUGAUGCAUUUGUAAGAAACAAUGGUAGAUAUAAUCUUCUGGAUUCGGCUAUAUUGGAAAUGUUUGAAUUUAUUAAAUUGGAGGAUAUAAAGUCACUAUGCUCACAUGUUGUUGAAAACUUUUCAAAAGAACUGGAAGCAAUUGAUUAUGUACAAACUUUUAAGGCAUUGAAGUUAAGGUACGAACAACAUCAAGACAAAUUGAAAGAUCGUGAUAGAACUACAAUUGACAGCGUCCCAUCAAUUUUGCGGAAUAGUCGGUAUCGAAGAGACCAGAGACAGCUAGAGGAAGAGGAAGAACUAUGGUUUAAUGAAGAAGAGGAGUAUGAUGAAGGUAAAGCAGUGAUGAUAGCAGCAGAUGUUAUACUUUCAGUUUCUACUAAAAAACAAUCGUUAUUUUUAAAUUUUGCACUUAAUUCCAUUCUUACAGAUUCGAAAAGUCAUCAGCAGCAACAGCAACAGCAGUCUGUAUUAAACAACAACACUUCUAAUAAUAAUAUUACCUCGCAACAACCGCAAAUCAAUAAUAGUUCAUCAACAACGAAUGAAUCGCCAAUUGCGUCGGAUAUAAAUCCUACUCCAGCUAUCGGAACUGUGGAAAAAACAGGAACUGCACUAUUCAAAAAGGGAUUAGUCGAUUAUGAAGGAGAUUCAGACGAGGACGAUGACGAUUCGGAGUCAAGUCCCUCCCCAAAACGACAACGAUUGUCAUAGUAGGCAAACUUGAAAAGAACAAGACAUUUGUGAUUUUUAAUUGCUAUUAUCAUUUCACGACCCUCCUACAUGUAAAAACAGAUCUAUCUCCUCAUUUUUGAAAGAGAUAUAGAUCGAACUCUUGCUAAGGAAUGGACACAACAAUAAGUGCUUUUAAAAGGGAUGUGUGGUGGGCACUCAUUCAUAGGUCUGUCUGUGUUGACUUGUGUAUAGUAUGCAAAACAUAAAUAGGGUCUGAAUGAAAACUGAGUAAAUUAUAUCGAUCGAAUGUCAGUAAAACAAAGAAAGAAUGAACUUUCUUUAAUGAAACAAGCAGUGGUAGUUGUGGCAUAAUAUGUAGCACAAUGUACUAUAUAAAGAAAAGUUACAGAUAUUAAAUGAAUCAUAGUCCAUUCCACUUGUCUGGAAACACCUUGUGCACUAGGGAAAAUAAUCUCAUGGAUAAUUAUGAAUAAA